AUUUUUUCUUUAAAAAAAAAAAAUACCAAAAGAAGCGGAAACAGAGAAAAAGAGAGAAAAAUGCUGAGUAGAUCAGUUGCUUCUGCUGUUACACCGGUCUCAUCUUCUUCUCUCUUACCAAACUCAAAGCCUAUCUUCUGUCUGAAAACCCUCUCCGGUUAUCGUUCUUCUUCUUUCUGUGGCGGCUGUAUUCGUAAAAUCAACCAUAAGCCUCUUCGAAUGACGAGUUCCAAUAUUACACCAAGAGCUAUGGCCACACAACAGCUUGAGAACGCUGAUCAGCUCAUUGAUUCUGUCGAAACUUUUAUCUUCGAUUGUGAUGGUGUGAUUUGGAAGGGAGAUAAAUUGAUAGAGGGAGUUCCUGAAACUCUUGAUAUGCUUCGUGCCAAGGGAAAGAGAUUGGUUUUUGUGACAAACAACUCAACAAAAUCUAGGAAACAGUAUGGAAAAAAGUUCGAGACUCUUGGCCUGAAUGUUAACGAGGAGGAGAUAUUUGCUUCAUCUUUUGCUGCUGCUGCAUACUUGCAGUCUAUUAAUUUCCCAAAAGAUAAGAAGGUCUAUGUGAUUGGUGAGGAAGGUAUCUUGAAAGAGCUAGAGCUUGCUGGUUUUCAAUACCUUGGAGGUCCGGAUGAUGGUAAAAGACAGAUUGAAUUGAAGCCAGGUUUUCUAAUGGAGCAUGAUCAUGAUGUUGGAGCUGUUGUGGUUGGAUUUGAUCGCUAUUUCAACUACUACAAAAUUCAGUAUGGAACACUCUGUAUCCGUGAAAACCCGGGGUGUCUUUUCAUCGCUACAAACCGAGAUGCUGUCACUCACCUUACUGAUGCUCAAGAAUGGGCAGGUGGUGGCUCUAUGGUUGGUGCUCUUGUUGGAUCCACUCAACGUGAGCCUCUUGUUGUUGGAAAACCCUCAACUUUUAUGAUGGACUAUUUAGCAGACAAAUUUGGAAUCCAAAAGUCACAGAUAUGCAUGGUUGGUGAUAGAUUGGACACUGACAUUUUAUUCGGGCAGAAUGGCGGUUGUAAGACUCUACUCGUCCUCUCGGGUGUUACUUCAAUCUCUAUGUUGGAAAGCCCUGAGAACAAGAUACAACCAGAUUUCUACACCAGCAAGAUCUCCGAUUUUCUGUCUCCGAAAGCCGCAACUGUAUAAUCUACUUAUUUUAUUUGCAGUGCCUUUGUGUGCAUAGCAAAUUAGGGAGCCAAUGUGUUUUUUUUUAGGAAGAGUUUACAGAAUUGAACCAAGCUCUAAUCUGUAAGGGUUUCUCUCUUCAUUGCCUUUAAAUUAUUUGUUUGUGGUCAUGUAUACAUAAAAAGACCUUGCAUAACACAUUAAAUAACGGUAACAUAAUUUAUAAACAUUCUUUCGCAAUCGAAUAAACCUUGCAACCAACCAAAAGAUCCACCAGUUCAUGCAAUAUCGAAAACACCGUUGUUAUUAACCUGAGAUUCAGAAACAACAUCCCAGCUAUUUAAAAGUUAUAAUAACAAAGUGUCAGUCAUGUAAGACCGGCCAGUCAUUUGGCUUAAGAAGAACCUUCACAAUAUCGUAGGAGACAUCCCCAAAGAGCACGUUUUCUUUGCAUCCAGAAGAGAGAACCUGAAAAUAGGCUCGGCGACUAUACAAAUAGGACCACACCAGCAGCAUUCCUCAAGACCCAAGAAGCACCAGAACUGUGCUGUUUUGACCAAGCAUAUCCAGUACUUUAGAAAAUGAUACAAAGGAGGAGACCAAAAUUUAUCUAACCUCGGUGCAAGACCCGCAUG